UCGGCAUGGGCAUGAAUGAACAGGGCGAGAACUUUUCCACCGGCUCCCAUUGAGCUUUCCGGAGCUGCGGAGGCGACACGGCUUCUGCCCAGGCGCUUCCUCGACGGCGGCAGCGAAGCGAGCAGCCAGCCAGCCACAGGAAGGCGCUGCUCCGGGCACAGCAUGGGCAGCCUCCGUGGGGCCGGCGCCCCUCUCCUCGUCCCCUUCUUCCUCCUGCUCCAGGCGGCGCUCCAGGGCGCCCAGACCCGCGAAGUUGUCGUACUGGACUUUGCCAAGGCACAAGGGGAUCUGGGCUGGCUCACCAAUCCCUACGGCGCGGGGUGGGAUCUUCUCCAGAACGUCAUGAACGAAUCCCUCAUCUACAUCUACUCGGUCUGCAACGUGAUGGAAGGGGAGCAGGACAACUGGCUGAGGACCAACUGGAUCUACCGCGGCGAAGCUCAGCGCAUCUUCAUUGAGCUCAAGUUCACCGUCCGAGACUGCAACAGCUUCCCCAGCGCCACCGGCACGUGCAAGGAGACCUUCAACCUCUUCUACGCGGAGUCAGACGUGGAUUACGGCAUCAACUUCCAGAAGCGCCAGUUCCGCAAGAUCGACACCAUUGCCCCGGACGAGAUCACGGUGCGGGAGGACUUUGAGACGCGCAACGUCAAGAUCAACAUGGAAGUGCGCUCGGUGGGGCCCCUCACCCGAAAGGGCUUCUACUUGGCCUUCCAGGACAUUGGGGCUUGCGUGGCCCUCCUGUCUGUCCGGAUCUAUUACAAGAAAUGCCCCAAAGUCUUCCGCAACAUGGCGAGCUUCCCCGAGACCAUUGCUGGCGCUGACUCGCAGGCCUUGGCGAAGGUGUCGGGUGAGUGCGUCAAGGAUGCCUUGGCCAACGAGGACCUGUUCAUGCAUUGCAACUCGGACGGGGAGUGGCUGGUGCCCAUUGGCGAAUGCCGCUGCCGCGAGGGCUACGAAAAGGACGGGGCCAGCUGCAGAGCUUGCUCACCUGGGUUCUUCAAAGAGGACAUCUCCAACAACGCCUGCUCAAAAUGUCCCUUGCACACUCUGCCGUCUUCCGAAGGUUCCACCUCGUGCCCUUGCGAGGAAGGCUAUUUUCGGGCUUUGACUGAUCCUGUUUCCCUGCCAUGCACAAGACCCCCUUCUGCUCCCCAUGCUGUCACAGCCAUAGGCUUGGGCGCCAAGGUUCAACUGCGCUGGUCCUCACCCCGGGACACAGGUGGCCGCAAGGACAUCACCUACAGCGUGUCGUGUGAGCAGUGCUGGCCAGAGUCGGGAGAGUGCCGGCCCUGCGAUGCUACACUCCGGUAUUCGGAAAACCCUCACAACGUGGCCGGCACUUCCCUGACCGUCAGCGAUUUGGAGCCACACGUUAACUACACCUUCACGGUAGAAGCCCAGAAUGGAGUGUCCUCCUUCAGCCCACGGCGCAGCUACGGCGUCACCAGCAUCAGCGUCAACCAGACGGAACCUCCCCGAGUGACCUCAGUGACCAUGGAUGGCCGCACCACAACCAGCCUAAGUCUAUCCUGGACUGUCCCACCCCGGCAGCAAAGCCAUGUCUGGAAGUACCAGGUCACCUACAAGAAGAAGAAGGAUGAGAACAGCUACUCUGUACUGCGCUGCGAAGGGAGCUCUGUGACCCUCCCGAAGCUCACCCCUGGGACCAAGUACUUGGUGAGCGUCCAAGCGCUGACCCAGGAGGGUCAGGGAACCAACAGCAUGGAGCACGAGUUCGAGACGCUUGAUGAACGCUCUGACGGCACAAACACCGCUGCAGUUAUUGGGGGUUCUCUUGCUGGCUUUGUUGUCACGGUCGCAGUGGUGGCGCUGAUUGUCGUGCUCAUUCGCCGAAGGAAAAAGAACUCAAGGGCCCGGCAGACACCAGAGGAUGUUUAUUUCUCCAAGUCUGACCAGCUCAAGCCCCUGAAGACGUAUGUGGAUCCCCACACCUAUGAAGACCCCAAUCAGGCAGUCCUGAAGUUCACAACUGAGAUUCAUCCUUCGUGCAUCUCCCGGCAGAAAGUCAUAGGGGCAGGUGAGUUUGGGGAAGUCUACAAGGGAACGCUGAAGAACAGCAAGAAGGAGAUCCCGGUGGCCAUCAAGACGUUGAAAUCUGGCUACACGGAGAAGCAACGCAUCGACUUCCUGAGCGAGGCCAGCAUCAUGGGCCAGUUUAACCACCACAACAUCAUCCGCCUAGAGGGAGUUGUCUCCAAAUAUAAGCCGUUCAUGAUCAUCACAGAAUACAUGGAGAAUGGUGCCCUUGAUAAAUUCCUGCGGGAAAAAGAUGGGGAAUUCUGUGUUAUUCAGCUGGUGGGCAUGUUGAGGGGUAUUGCCUCUGGUAUGAAGUACUUGGCCAGCAUGAAUUAUGUCCACCGGGAUUUGGCUGCCCGCAACAUCCUUGUCGACAGCCAGCUCGUCUGCAAAGUCUCCGACUUUGGUCUCUCCCGCGUCCUGGAGGAUGACCCUGACGCCACCUACACUACAAGUGGUGGGAAAAUCCCGAUCCGGUGGACGGCACCGGAGGCUAUCUCUCAUCGCAAGUUCACCUCGGCUAGUGAUGUCUGGAGCUACGGAAUAGUGAUGUGGGAGGUGAUGUCCUAUGGUGAACGGCCUUACUGGGAGCUCUCCAACCACGAGGUGAUGAAAGCAAUUAAUGAAGGCUUUCGGCUCCCAGCACCCAUGGACUGUCCUUCUGCCAUCUACCAGCUGAUGAUGAGGUGCUGGCAACAGGAGAGGAGUCACAGACCCAAAUUCAAUGAUAUCGUUAGCAUCUUGGACAAGCUCAUCCGUGCUCCUGAGUCACUCAAGACUUUGGCUGAGUUUGACCCUCGGAUCUCCAUUCGCCUACCCAGCACCAGUGGCUCAGAAGGGAUCCCUUUCCGAACUGUGGCCGAGUGGCUGGAAUCCAUCAAAAUGCACCAAUAUACAGAGCACUUCGUGGCCGCUGGGUACAAUGUCAUUGAGAAGGUGGUUCAGAUGACCAAUGAGGAUAUCAAGAGAAUUGGGGUACGUUUGCCAGGACACCAAAAGCGCAUUGCCUACAGCCUCAUGGGGCUGAAGGAACAGGUCAGCACCAUUGGCAUUCCGAUCUAAGGGGGACGGAUCUUGCUCUCUGUUGGUAGCUUGCUUGCCUAACGUCAGCUACCCAGUGGCUGGGCCAAGAACCAAUGGGCCAUUGUACUUCCUGAUACAUACUUGAAGUGGAGAAUUCAGGAGACCUCUCUAACCAAGGAGCCGGCUGCCAAAGAAGGAGUCGGGUGCCUGCUUUUCCACUGUGCUUCCUCAGCAUAGCUCUGCGUUUUAUUGCCUGGCCUCGUGACUGCUCUUGUCUGCUGGAAAUAGUAACGCUGCGGUGCUGGAAGUUUUCAGACGAGGCAUUGGGCUGUGCCGCACGCUGACUGUGUGUCGCCAAGCAGAUCUGCCAAAAGCCACAUUUCAUUCCUCUCCUGGCUUGGACAGAUCCUGGGACUACUGGAUGCCUGGUUCCAUCCUUCCUGCCAUCUGGCUCCCUUCCGUUUGCAGCCCUGCUACACAGAAGACCAAAGCAUCCCUAGGGCUGUCCAUCCCAUCGCCAGCUCUGCCAUCUUGUCUCCGAGAAACCUGCAGGCCCAAUGCCGUAUUUAUUUACCUGUUCGGAAGCCAAACCUCAACUGGUUAAGACUCUGUGGAUUUGGGGAAGUGGGAGAGUUUUCUCAUGCCACAGCAACAUUGUUGAACGUUUUUGGGCGCUGAACAGUUGCUCUGUUCAGUCACAGAUGGGCUCUUCCUUUGUUCUUCCUUUUUAAGAAGCCAAACGUGGUUGGAUCAAGAGUAAUGCUUGUGCAGAGUCCCCCCUGGCAUUUGUGAGUUUCAGCUUUGAAGUGGUUGUGCCAAGGAUGACCGAAAAUGACUCUCCACAGAGUCAUCUCAGUGUUUCCUGCUCUCUAUUUAUUCAUCUUUUCCAACUGCUGCCCCUUCUCCCCGUUCCUAUAAUGCACUCUUGACUUAUUGACAAUUGUUCUCCUUCCAUAAUACUUCAAUUUUUAAUUUAUUUUUUAUAUUUAUUGAUUUUUUUUAAAAAAAGCAAGACUUUGCUGUUAAGGGUAAUCAUGCACAACUUGAACAAAAAUGUUUACCUUGUGUGCAGGAAUAUUUCUAGCUUUAAUAAAAUGUUUUUAUUCUUG